GGUCCUCUGUGCACGGGACUUUAUACCCACCGCCCCGUAACGUUUUCACUUAGAUCCAGCUCCAGGGAGAGAAAUAGAGUCAGAGGGAGUGAGAAAGAGAGAUAAAAGAACGGACGACUUAGCUACCGCGCCCACGGCACCAACCACACGCGCGAUUAACUUCUCGGCUGUGAACGAGGGAAAGUGACAUUAAGAGAAAAGAACUUAGACACGGGGCUUUAACUUUAUCUGCAAUCCAGCACGGUCAGUAAGUUUAAGGCUUAUUGAUUAUCACUAUCGGUGAACGAGCAAGAAAGACGUGACCGUUAAAGACCAGUGAUUUACCCACUGGAGUGAAAACGCUAACAAACACGUUAAGGUAGGCUCUGUAAAAGCGGCGAACUUCUUUGGAUUGAAGAACGACACAAUGUUUGGUAAAACUGGGGUUACUGCAAAGAAGACCGGACAGAGAAGAUCGUCUUACGUAGUGUCACUGUUGCUCCUGACGCUGCUGUGCUCCUUGCUGGUUGAGACAGAAGCGGGCAGGAGGGGACGGGAGAGAGAAUCGGCCGCCAAGGCACCUGUUCGUAAAGAACGAGAAGAAUUAAAAGCAAGUGCCAGACUGAAGAUGCGUGCUUUUGUCGCCUGUCGCCGCGAGUGUGACAACCGGUGUGACGUGUUGGUCUACUACAUCGGAGAUAACGGCAAAUACUGCACCGACUGUCUUAAUACCUGCAUGAAGGCCUUCAAGGCGCAGGCAGAGCUGAUGGGCGUGACCUUCUGGUAAAUGGAAUAUUGUCCCGUUUCGCCAGGACGGCGCUGGUAAUAGCCGGGCGCGGCUGCCCUUGCCAUACAAGUGACGACAGACAUCUUGUUUUU